AUGGAGCAAGAACAGUCAAGUGUUGAGAAAUAUGAGAAAUUUACAUGGAAGCUUGAAAACUUCUCUCGCUUGAAAAUCGAAAAGGUUUACUCAGAUCGUUUUGUCGUGGGCGGUUAUCGAUGGUUAACUGAGCUCCAUGAUUCUGAGCAGGGGUAUAUUGUGAAGGAUGCUUGUAUUAUUGGUGCUGAAGUUUUUGUUUCUAAUUCAACACAUGAGGAACCAGUAAACAUAGGUGGAUCUCUUUCAACAGUUUCUAAUUUAGUUUGCAAUGAAACUUCUGAACAAGCUGAUGCAAAAUUGGUAUCUGCUGCGCUGGGCAAUGUGAUUUAUUUCCUUCAGACUAGAAAAGUGAAAGAUAUGAAUGAACAAGCUUGUGAGGAACUUCAAGUUUUAUGGGAUGAACUUAAGAAAUUUAAAUUUGAUAUUACUUGGCUAGAGCCACAAGUUCAAUAUGCUUUAGGAAAUAGAAGCUAUGUGGAGAAAGCUCUGGAGGUUGAAAAGUUGAAAGGGAAUGUUGCAGAUCUAGAGCUGGAAACUGAGAGGAUAAAGGCAAAAUUGGCUGCUGCGGAGGGAAAUCUUGACAUAGAAAGGGACUUGUUGAAAGCUCAAGGUUUCAAAGAAAGAGAUUUGGAUUCUGAAUUGGGUUCUUGGAGUUGGAAGCCAUAG